AUGGCAAGGGUCAGCAAGACGACGCCCGCCGCCGCCGCGUCCAGGACCAAUGUGACCACUCCGGCGGCGCCGCCCGCGACUAGGUCGCGGCAGAAGAAGACCAAGACGCCCCCGGCCGCCGCGCGGCCGGCACCGGCCAAGCCGAUGGCGCCGCCGGCCGCCCCCAAGUCGCGGACGAAGAAGACCCCAGUCGCCGCCACGCCACCGGCUCCGGCGCCAGCGCCAGCGAAGAAGACCGUGCCGCCGGGCGCCGAGGUAAUCGAGAUCCCCGACUACCCCACUCCCGCACGCUCCGGGAAGAAGGGGGAUCGGAAGCGGGCGGCGUCGUCCCCCUCCUCGCCCAUCGACGUCGACGAGAUCGAGAUGUGGACGCCGCGGCAGAAGAUCCGCGUCGACGAGGACUGCUGCAUCCUCUCCGCCGACCCCCUGGCCGCCGACAAACCCCGGCCCGUCGUCGUCCCCGCCGCCGCCGGCGACGAUGAAUUAGAGGUUCUCGCCGAGCGCGGCCAGGUGGCCUGCAGAGAUUUCCCCCACGCGAGGCAUGCCUGCGCCAAGUACCCGUUCGCCAGCACCCCUCAUCACAGCCACUGCGAGCAGUGUUACUGCUUUGUGUGCGACAUCGCCGCUCCAUGUGCGACUUGGAAAGGGCAUGCAAAUUACGGGCAUUGUCACGCCUCCGACAAGGACAAGUUUUGGAUGACGAUGCGAGGAGUGGCACGGGCAAAGCUGCAGAAGACCUAAUGAUGAUCGACCAUUUUGUAACCAUCGGUCAGCUUGUCCUGAAUGUUGGUUACUCUGCGGCAUAGUAACUUGUAUAGGGUUGGAUUAGUGGUGAACCUGAUAUAAUCUUGGCUGAAAGCUCAAUGCGUGUGUGCGCAACGCUUUGG